UCCCUCUCCCUCCCCAAACAAACCCCAUUAGUCUUUUCAGAUUUUUUGUAUCCUUCCUCCACACAUCUCUCCCUCUCUCUCUCUCUAUCCAUCUUCUUCUCUUCUUAGCUUGCCUUUUCUUAGAAUAUAUUCUUCCAAGAUCAUAUAUAGUUCCUUCUUUGAUCUCAUUGGGAUAGCUAAAAGUUCCAUAUAUAUAACCCAAACAAGAUAUCAUUGAAGAGAAGCCAGAGAUCAUAAUGUCUAUAGAUUUAUCAUCUGACCAUGUUUGCUAUGUCCACUGCAACUUCUGCACCACGAUUUUAGCGGUAAAUGUACCAUAUGCAAGUUUGUUCACACUUGUGACGGUGAGAUGUGGCCAUUGUACCAAUUUGCUCUCUCUAAACAUUGGAGUUUCACUUCAUCAAACCUCACCUACUCCUAUUCAUCAAGACCCUCAGCAGCAUAAGCAACACAUAACCUCUGCGGUGACAAGGAAAGAAUAUGGAUCAUCUUCUAGGAGCUCCAACCAUUUUUCAACCACAUUGGUAGAAAGUGUCGAUCGAGAGGCCCCUAGGAUGCCUCCUAUUCGUCCGCCGGAGAAAAGACAACGCGUUCCUUCGGCCUACAACAGGUUCAUCAAAGAGGAAAUCCAAAGAAUCAAGGCUGGCAAUCCAGAGAUCAGCCACCGCGAGGCGUUUAGCACAGCUGCUAAAAAUUGGGCACAUUUUCCUCACAUUCACUUUGGAUUAAAGCUGGAUGGCAACAAGAAGGGAAAGCAAUUAGACCAGACAGUUGCAGGACAAAAGUCUAAUGGAUACUACUAAAGCCUUUACAUAUACAUCGAUAAUGGCUAUUAUAUAUAUGUAUGUGUAUGCGGAUGAUGGAAGUGAAGGCAAAGAAGAAGAAGAUUAUAAUAACCUUACACACACACAUUUAUACGUGUAUGUAUGUCCCUUUCUUUUUUCUUGCGUGGGCUCCAUCUAUAACUACGUUUCUGUGUUCCAAAAAAAAAAAACUACGUUUCUAGUUUAUAUUCUCAUAAUAAGUGAACCCAUAUAUGGUUUUCACAUUGAACCUAAUUAGUAUGUAUGAAGAAUCUCCUUUACAAUGAUUGUAAUAUAAAUUUCAUCUUUCCUAUUUCUGAAAAGGUGUAGCUCUUUGUGAUGUUACGAAUUUUGAAAAAUAAGUAGUAGUUUAUAUAUCA